AUGUGCGACAUUCUAAGCAUCGGCGGGGAGCCGAUCUUCGACGAUCGUAUCGUCAAGAUUGAAACUCACACAUACAAUCCUUACGCUAAUACUACGUUUGAAAAUAGCGACGAGAUACGAAUUCCUAUACAACAACAAGAUCUGUACACAUUACCAUGUGAUAGUUUUCUCUACAUAGAAGGUAGACUCGAGUCUAAAGAAUCGCCGAGUGCGCAUGAGGAAACCGCGUUGGUGACGAGGCUAGUGAACAAUUGCGCGGCGUUUAUCGACGAGAUACGAAUUCCUAUACAACAGCAAGAUCUGUACACAUUACCGUGCGAUAGUUUUCUCUACAUAGAAGGUAGACUCGAGUCUAAAGAGUCGCCGAGUGUGCAAGAGGAAACCGCGUCGGUGACGAGGCUAGUGAACAAUUGCGCGGCGUUUAUGUUCGAGGAGAUUCGCUACGAACUCGACGGUGUGGAAAUCGAUCGAAGCAGAAAUGUUGGGAUAACUAGCACAAUUAAGAAUUACGCGUCGCUGUCAGUCGAAAAAAGCAAGAUAUUAAAGAACGCCGGAUGGGAUUUAUCAGCGGCAACUCAUUCGUCGAUCAACGAUUUCAACUUUUGCGUACCUCUCAGCGUGUUAUUAGGUUUUUGUGAAGAUUACAAGCGUGUCGUGAUCAACGCGCGACACGAACUUAUUCUGAUACGAGCACGUAAUGAUAACAAUUGUAUCAUAUCGCGCGAAACGCAAGAGCCUAAAAUCGUUUUAUUAAAGAUACAGUGGCGAAUGCCACAUAUAGUGUUAAACGAUAUUAAUAAAUUAAGGUUAUUGCGCACGUUGGAUAGCGGACGAUAUCUGAGCGUCGCUUUUCGCUCGUGGGAUCUCUACGAGUUUCCGCUUCUACAGAGCACGACUAAACAUUCGUGGGCUGUCAAAGCGGCGACGCAACUCGAAAAACCGCGAUACGUUAUCUUCGCGCUACAGUCCGGAAAGAAGAACGUUCUAUCCGAGGAAUCUUCCUUAUUCGACGAUUGCGAACUAACUAAUGUCAAAUUAUUUCGAUAA